AAAAGUGUAUCAUCUGUUAUUUCAACUAUAGGACUUGGAAUUUAAUAGAAAUUUAAAGGGAUAUAUUUGGUAUUUUCUCAUAGAUAUGAAUAUUUAAAUUGUUAUAUAUAUAUAUAAGUAAAUAGAAGGGUAUAUUUGCGGAAAGACCCAAACAUAGAGGUUGCCUAAGACGUCUUCACAAUCAUGAUGGAAAGCUAUGUCACCUCAUCUGUGUCUGAAGACAUAAUCCCCUACGAGCCUGAGAUAUUUCGACCACCGCCAGUUGAGCUGUUCCCAUACAUCACCAGUGUUGGAGAACUCCAUGAUGAACAUGGAUGGGAGUAUUACUCUGACCGAGGCAUGCACCAGAGCGACUUGCUGGAAACCUCGUCACAAUCAACUCACUUGACAGAGCUCCAGAGCGUCCACUCUCAGCAUCUCCUCAACCAAUACCGUUACCCCGACACAGACACCCUCCACCUGCCUCUGGUCGACCCAGGACUGGGAUCUCUAUCCAUACCCCAGCAGAUGCCCUAUUACAGCCGGGCGGUUUAUUACCAACCACAGGCCCCCGUGUCCCCACAUGUGUACGGCUCAGAGGAGGAGGAACCUGGGGGCCACAGCCCCCCGCUGGAGGUGUCAGAGGGAGAGGAGGAGGACUACGGAGACCACGCCCCCUUCUCCUCAGCGGGAGACCCCAGUAACAAGAGGAAGAUUCGGCUGUACCAGUUCCUCUUGGAUCUUCUGAGGAAAGGAGACAUGAAGGACAGCGUGUGGUGGGUGGACAGAGAGAAGGGCAUCUUCCAGUUCUCUUCCAAACACAAGGAGACCCUGGCCAAUCGCUGGGGCACGCAGAAAGGAAACAGGAAGCGGAUGACCUAUCAGAAGAUGGCCAGGGCCCUGAGGAACUACGGCAAGACGGGAGAGAUCAAAAAGGUCAAGAAGAAACUAACCUACCAGUUCAGUCCAGAUGUGCUGAGGAAAGUCUUGACCACAGAGAGGAGGUCCUACCCUCACUAGGAUCACCAGUGGUUGUUUAUGUUGUCAUGACCCUUGGCUUAAGGCCUGGGAGUACCCUGUCACUGAUUUGCAAAGAGGACAAUGAUGAGUUUCUAUUGCAAUUCUUUUUUAUCACAUUUAACUCAAUACUCCAUAAACAAUCAAGUAGCCUAAACAGCCUUGUUGUUGUAUUUCUUUUUUUUCUUUUUUUUUGCUGUUUGCAUAUUCCAUGUUUAUUUAUUAGCUUAACUGAUUGGGUCUUCAUGUUCAGUGUUGAAUCAUGCUAUUUUCUCCAUCUUUGUGUACAUGAAGGAAAAAGGCAAUAAAGUAUUCUUUGCAAAUGCUCUG